CAUUAGGAAUAAAGAGCAGGACGCGACGUAACAGUCACAGACGCAGCGUACAAGUGUAUGUGUCCAACAGUUUAAAAUAGCGCAGACGGCACGCGAGAGCACGUCCUGUGUGAACGUCCCCCAAAACAUCGAGCCACUGACGGGUGUCCGUCCACCCUCUUACAGUGCGAAACCAUGACAACAUCCCCGGAUGGUGGAGCUCGAGGGUAGCCAGGUGUCGGGUUGCGCAGAGGAGAGACAUCUACGCGAUCGCUCCAUACUCUCCCAUGUAUCCUGCCUUCAUCUUCUGCACGCGAGGAUCUGUGUCGGGAACCACCAUGGUGCAUCACUCUGGAUCCAUACAGUCCUUCAAGCAGCAGAAGGCAGGUAUGCACACCAGUAUCAGUGAGAUUUUGAAGGAGAAAACGCUAAAGUCGUCUCGCCGCAGUUUGCCGUGUCUGGCUCAGAGUCAGACGCAUCCUCAGAACCUCAAUCACUUCCUGUCUGUGCCUCUGAGUCCUGAACCCAAAACAUACACUCACAACAUCAGUGCCUCCUGCACACACAUCACACCUCCUCCCAUAGACACUAGUCAGGAUGUCUAUGUGGAAGAGAGGGAGGUGGCGGAGUUAGAGCCUAAAACAGACAAAACAUUACUCGUCCAGCAAAAGCCAGCGUCCAGAGCAAAGCUAGAGGCCCGCACAGACUCCACACAGGGGAACGAUUUAGAAAAGCCCUCAGGAUUGAUGUUUAGAGAUGGGAAGAAGCGCAUUGACUAUAUAUUAGUCUAUAAGAAAUCCAGCCCUCAGGUGGAGAAGAGGGCCACAUUUGAGAGGAACCUGCGGGCGGAAGGGCUAAUGCUGGAGAAGGAGCCCUCAUUAACCAACAGUGAUAUCAUGUUUGUGAAGAUUCAUGCACCGUGGGACACGCUGUGUAAAUAUGCUGAGCAGAUGAACAUCAGAAUGCCCUUCAGGAAAAAGUGUUACUUCACAGACUGGAAGAAAAAAACCAUGGGCAGUCAAUUUCAUUUGAGGUAUCGUCAGAUGAAGAGCUGGCUGCCCAGAAACCCCAUGAAACUGGAUAAAGAGGCGUUGCCAGACCUGGAGGAAACCGACUGCUACACCGCCCCCUUCAGCAGGGCCAGAAUGCACCAUUUUAGCAUCAACAACAGAGAGACGUUUUUCUCAAACUCAACCAGAAGCAGAAUAGUACAUCAUGUACUACAGCGUAUGAAGUAUGAAGACGGGAAGUCUAAGAUGGCUCCUCCGUUGUGUUGUCUGUAUCUGCUUAAUUAUUAUGGGCAUCACGAUCGGCUCCUCAUGGGCCAGUCAGGGAGUUCGUGGGAAGGUAUUAAUCGGUUACUUGGCAACGGCACAUAUGAAGCAGCGUUUCCUCCACAUGAGGGAAGUUAUAAAAGCAGACAUCCGAUUAAAACUCAUGGAGCUCAAAACCACAGACACCUUCUGUACGAAAGAUGGGCGCGCUGGGGGAUCUGGUACAAAUACCAGCCUCUAGACCUUAUACGGCGGUACUUUGGGGAGAAGAUUGGACUGUAUUUUGCCUGGUUGGGCUGGUAUACAGGUAUGCUGAUCCCUGCUGCGCUAGUCGGCCUCUUUGUCUUCCUCUAUGGGCUUUUCACCAUGGACUCCAGCCAAGUAAGUAAAGAGAUCUGUGAGGCCAACACCACCAUCAUGUGCCCCAUGUGUGAAGGCAACUGCAGCUCUUGGACGCUGAGUGACAGUUGUGUCUAUGCAAAGGUGACCCAUCUUUUUGACAAUGGAGGCACAGUCUUCUUUGCCAUCUUCAUGGCAAUAUGGGCCACGGUAUUCCUUGAGUUCUGGAAGAGGAGAAGGGCGGAGCUAACCUACGACUGGGAUUUGAUUGACUGGGAGGAAGAGGAGUGUAAACCCUGUGUCAUGGUGUGUUCUGAGGAACUACGGCCCCAGUUUGAAGCCAAAUACUCCCGGAAGGAGAGAGCAAACCCCAUCUCAGGGAAACCAGAGCCCUUCCAGCCCUUCACAGACAAACUCAGCCGACUCAUGGUGUCUGUUUCGGGAAUCUUUUUCAUGAUCUCUCUGGUCCUGACAGCCGUGUUUGCCGUGGUGGUGUUCCGGCUCAUUGCUAUGGAGAAGUUUGCUUCCUUUCAGUGGGAGUUUGUGAAGAAGAACUGGCAAUUCGCCACCUCAGGCACUGGAGUCUGCAUCAACUUCAUGAUCAUCAUGUCUCUGAAUGUGGUCUAUGAGAAAGUGGCCUACCUACUUACAAACCUGGAGCACCCACGGACAGAGUCAGAAUGGGAAAACAGCUUUGCCCUCAAGAUGUUCCUCUUCCAGUUCGUCAAUCUCAACAGCUCGACCUUCUACAUAGCUUUCUUUUUAGGAAGGUUUGCUGGCAGGCCGGGUGACUAUAAUAAGCUGUUCAACCGGUGGAGGAUGGAGGAGUGUCAUCCCAGUGGUUGUCUGAUCGACCUGUGCCUACAGAUGGGAGUGAUUAUGGUGUUGAAACAGAUCUGGAAUAACUUCAUGGAGCUUGGCUACCCGCUGCUGCAGAACUGGUGGUCCCGGCGUAAGAUGAAACGAGCAGGAGAGCAGAAUAACAGUAAAGAACAGCUGCCGCAGUGGGAUAGAGACUGGAACCUGCAGCCCAUGAACGCACAUGGCCUGGUGGACGAGUAUCUAGAGAUGGUUCUGCAGUUUGGUUUCACUACAAUCUUUGUGGCGGCGUUUCCUCUGGCUCCUCUUCUUGCUCUGCUCAACAACAUCAUUGAGAUUCGAUUAGACGCCUACAAGUUUGUCACGCAGUGGAGAAGACCGAUGCCUGCCCGAGCCACUGACAUUGGAAUCUGGCAUGGUAUCCUGGAGGGAAUUGGAGUUGUGGCUGUCAUAACAAAUGCCUUUGUCAUUGCCAUCACUUCAGAUUACAUCCCUCGCUUUGUCUAUGCUUUUAAAUAUGGGCCCUGUGUGGACAAGGGUUACCGGCACGAGAAAUGUCUAAGAGGAUACUUGAACAACAGCUUGUCUGUUUUUGAUAUGGGCGAAUUAAAAAAUGGGAGUUUUCAUACUCGAUACUGCAGGUAUCGGGAUUACAGAGCGCCUCCAUGGAGUCCUGAACCCUAUGAGUUCACCCUGCAGUUCUGGCAUGUUUUGGCUGCCAGAUUAGCAUUUAUCAUAGUCUUUGAGCACCUGGUGUUUGGCAUUAAGACCUUCAUAGCCCACAUGAUUCCAGACAUGCCCAAAGACCUGUGUGAUCGCAUGCGCAGGGAGAAAUACCUGAUGCAGGAGAUGAUGUAUGAGGCAGAACUGGAGCACUUGCAGAAAGAGCGGAAAAAGAACGGCAAACGUUAUCACCAUGAGUGGCCUUAGCCAUGCCUGUCCAUAAUUACACACACAGUAAUGCCCACUGGAGAACUGCACGAACCACCCACAAAAGCACAUAAAGACUUGAGAAUGGCAAACAAGCGUCUUUGCAACAUGCACAACUGCAGCACACAUGUGAACACAGACAUUCAUGUACAACCGUUCUGCUACCUUGGAUGGCUAGCUUUGACUCCAUGCAUCCAUGGGCUGCCCACUUUUCAUUGCUG